CAACACUCACGUUUCUCCAGACACAGAGGGCAGAGCGCCGCCGCCGCCGCCGAGUCAAGGAACAAGGAUGAUGGGCAGUGGGAUGGGCGCGUACGGCGGCGCGCUGCGACCGGUGGAGAGCGCGGCCGGGGAGACGAUGCUGCUGUGGGGCCUGGGGCAGCCCGAGUCGCACCGCAACAACGCGCUGGUCCGCCAGGCGGCGCACGCCUUCGAGCUCGACGCCUGCGGGCGGCGCCUGUCCCUGCUGCAGUCCCCCUCCUCCAUGGCCACCCCGGGGGUCACGGGGGCGGUCGUCUGGGACAGCGGCGUCGUGCUCGCCAAGUUCCUCGAGCACUCCGUCGACUCCCAGCGGCUGCUCCUCCGCGGCGCGCGCGCGGUGGACCUCGGGUCCGGGUGCGGCUUGGUGGGGUGCGUCGCCGCCCUGCUGGGCGCCCAUGUGGUCCUCACCGACCUCGCCGACCGGCUCAAGCUGCUUAGGAAGAACGUCGCCCUCAAUGUCGACGACCCCCACGUCCCGGGCUCCGCUCGGGUCACGGAGCUUGUGUGGGGCGACAAUCCUCACCAUGAAUUGCUCGAGGAGCCACUGCCCGAUUUCGUGCUUGGCUCCGACGUCAUAUACAACGAGGAAGCUGUGGACGAUCUUCUGAUCACUCUCAACCAACUCUCAGGGAAGCACACUACUAUACUUCUAGCUGGGGAGCUUCGCAACGAUGCUGUGCUGGAGUGCUUCUUGGAGGCAGCCAUGGAGGACUUCCUAAUUGCGUGCAUCGAGCAGGACCAAUGGCACCCUGAAUUCCGCAGCAACCGUGUAGCCUUGUUUAUCUUGGUCAAGAAACCAGAGAAACCUAGCGCAGAGUAGUCGUCUGUUCCUCGCCUUGGUGUAGAACAAGGAUAGGAGGCAUCUGGGUUUUCCCUUUUUCCAAUUCCAAUUAUGUUGUUGCGAUAGCCAAGGUUUUAGCGCCGGCUUAAGCCAUGGAAGUUUGAUAGCUCAUUGUAUGGUUUGCUUGCAACCUAUUCUGAAAGUUUGUACAAGAGUGAAAGAAAGGAUUUUAGAUAACCGAUGUCUGAAACUGCAAAUGAUCUCAGUGGUGGCAACACCUAAAAGCUGAUAUGUGAGUUUGGAC